CAGGCGCAUGCUAUUAUCGAAUUUGGGCCAAGUUCUGUACAUGACCAUGCGGCCCCACCUGUCUCCAAGGAAAGGGCGUGCUCGGAGGGAGAUCUACUUUUUGUAGCGUCCCCAAAAACCAGACUAUUGCACACAUUGAGUUCCAUUCCUGCAGUUGGCUUGGCCGGUGACAGGCGGAAGAUGAAACUUGAAAAUGGCAACAAAUCCCGCGAACUGUGCGACAGACUGACGAGGGACUCACCUGCUACUGGAUGGAAGGUGCUACCAGAAACAAGACUUGCAGCGCAAGCCUGGGUGGAGAAUGAAAUCCCUGGAGAAAGCAGACAACUGCUAGUUUCCUCGGAAAAACCCCUUCAAAUUCACGGUGUAGUCAAUCUCAGUGCUCAAAGCUAUACCGAGAAAAAUCCAAAGAAGAGAAAAAAGAAGCAGAAGAAGACAAAUUUACAGAAGCGAUUAGAGAGACUCGCGGUCUUAUUGAAGCCUCCUUACUUUAUAGUUACCAUUAUCUUUAUUAUGGUAUGCAUCCACUUGUUGGUCUCAGAGGAAGUUCGAGACAUGCUGGAGUGGACUCCAGAGAAGUGGCGGACAGAACCUUGGCGUCUCCUAACGUACGGCUGUAUCCACGCCAAUCACCUACAUCUAGCACUAAAUGCACUUGUAGCUUUAGCUGUAGGUUGGCGCUUAGAAAGAGAACAAAGGUGGUGGCGCCUCGUGCUGUUGUGGUGCGGAGGAGUGAUCGCCGGAGCCCUAGGCGCUGGAGUCCUGCAACCCCAUGUACCGGUGGUCGGGUCUUCGGCCGCAGUGUACGCACUUCUAACGGCUCAUUUACCAAACGUUUGCUUGAGAUUUGGCCACAUUCCACUGUGGUGGUUCCGUCCAUUGUCCGUGGUAGUGCUAAGCGCGUCUGAAGGUUACUGUGCGCUGCUCCCGUCGGUGCCGCCCCCCCAGAGCGCCGCCGCAGCUGCCCGCGCGCCCCCCUCCACUCACAUCGCUUGGUCGGCGCACGUCUUGGGAGCUGCUGCAGGAAUACCUCUUGCGUUCAUCGUUUUCACUGGUGAAAACGAAGGCAAACGCUAUAUCGUCAUAGCUAGAAUUGUAUCAGCGUUGGUGCUACUUUUAGGAGUGAUAAUGUCCGCUAUACAUUUCGCACAUGUGACUGAAGAGGACAAGUGAUAAAGAGCUUCUUGCAGACAACUGAAACUGAUGCAGAGGAUCCAUAUUACUUACGAGUCAUAGAGCCAGGUGGUCUAGUGAGGUACACUGGAGAGAAUCUACGACAUAUACUGACAUAUCAUCAGUGACGUCAGUGGUCACACACAGAUGCACAUGACAAAUUAAAAGGAUAUAGUGCUAUCCACUCGCCAUCAUAAUAAUAAAUUGCGCUGGCAAUCAUUUCAAAAAUUAUUUUGUAUAAAUUGCUAACUAGAUAUUUUUUCCAAGGAGGAUACCCUCUUUGCAGGCCUACUGUGCAGAGUACUGUUGCGGACCAAGUCCAUGAAAGCUAUUUAAUAUUCUCCACAUUAUGAUUUUGCAAUCAAAAUGAAUAUAAUGUUUUAGUCUUCUCCGUUUCUCGGCAUAUUGUGAUAUUAUGAUUACAAUCUUAAGUUUAAUAAAGUUAAGUUACUAAUGUGAUUAAAAUUACCAAAGAUAUUUAAUUUUAAUUAGUGUUAAUUGAAUAUUCAAUUUCAUUUCAUCAGAUAUUCUGGUCGUAUAUCAAAUUGGUAACGCAUUCAAAUUUGACCUUCAAUCGCUUGAGCAAAGAGCUGCGUUUCCGAAUUAAUUUAUUGCUUAAUUAUUAUGUUAAUACAAUUGGGUAUACUAAAUAUUCACCGUGUAUCUGUGAAGUAUUUGAUCCGUCCAUUUUUACAUAGAUAUUAAACCAUUUGUGGCUAAGUUGUUGUAAUGUAAUUUAAAUUUAAACACAAAAGUGUUUGCCUACAGUACGAAUGGCGAUAUUGAUGAUGUUUAUCUAAUUGUGUCAAUUUGUUUAAAACAAAAAAAAUUGAAUAUUUAGUUAUAAGAUUUUGUACAAAUAUUUGAACGAUUAAUUAACAUUAAAUGAUGUUUUCAAUGUAAUGAACAACGUGUUCACGAGGCCUCACUAUGUUGGUGUCAUGGUGGUCUACUAGCUUCGUUGGCGGUGAUAGAAUUGUAAUGUCAUAAAGCUAUUGACUUGAGAUUGAGAGCUUUGAACAUUAAUUUCACUGUCAAUAAAGUAUGUCCUUCUUCAAACGAGGCUUGUGGAGAGUAUUAAGCGGUAGGCAGCGGCUUGGCUCUGCCCCUGGCAUUGCUGAAGUCCAUGGGCGACGGUAACCACUCACCAUCAGGUGGGCCGUAUGCUCGUCUGCCUACAAGAGCAAUAAAAAAAAAAAAAAAAAAAAAAAAAGUAUGAGCGAAUUAUCAAUUUUUAUACACAUAUUGGCCUAUACGGGUAGUAGUUACCAAUUUUUGUACGAACUACGUGAUAAGGAAAUAACUAAAUAGGUAUUUAAGUAUUGAUUUCCGUGAAAUCGAAGUGUUGUUAUGAAUUAAAACAUUUACUUGUUAUUUCAGUGGAAUUUGAGGAUGCUCGGAAUCUUUUACAUAAUUUGAUUGUAAAUGACGUCAAUUAAUUGUUUUCAUUUUGUUGAAUUAAAAUAUGAAGUACCAAAUUUAA